AUGAAACAUUUUAAAGAAUGGGUUAAUUGUAAAUACUCCAAUUUAUAAUAUUUAAUGCUUUUGAAUUUCCUUUCUGGUCGUUCUUUUAAAGACUUAACUUAAUAUCCUGUAUUUCCUUGGAUUUUUCAAAAAUAUGAUAAUAAAGAAUUAAAUCUAUCAGAAUAAACUCUAUAUAGAGACCUAUCUAAGUCUAUGGGAGCAUUAGGGACAGAAGAAAGAAUUAAAUAAUUCAUAUUUAAAUACGAAAGUGGAAUAUAAGAUAUCCCUCCUUAUCAUUUUGGCACACAUUAUAGUUCCCCAGCUAUAAUUUAUUAGUAUUUAUUAAGAAUAAAGCCAUAUACUGAUGGUGCAUGGAUUCUAUAAAACGGUAAAUUUGAUAUUGCAGAUAGACUUUUUUUUUCUAUGAAAGAAACUUACAAAAACGCUACUGAAGAAACAUCUGAUGUGAGAGAAUUAUUACCUGAGUUUUUCUUUUUACCAGAACUUUUUUUAAAUUUAGAUGCAAAUGAUUUCGGAUUAUAAUAAACUAAAGAAAGAGUUCAUAAUGUUUCUUUACCUCCUUGGUGUGGAUAAGACCCUUUUAAAUUCGUAGUCUGGCAUAGAAAAGGAUUAGAAAAUGAAUUAGUUUCGAAGAAUAUAAAUUAAUGGAUUGAUUUGAUUUUCGGGUACAAAUAAAAAGGAAAAGAAGCAGAGAAUAAUCUUAAUAAAUUUUAUUAUCUUACUUACGAAGAUGCUAUUGAUAUUGAUAGUAUUAAGGAUGAAAAUUAUAAAAUUGGAAUUGAAAGUUAAAUUAUUAAUUUUGGAUAAACUCCUUCUUAAAUUUUCUAGGUUUAACAUGUCUAAAGAAUUCUUAAUUAAACUAAAAUGCUUUUAACAUUUACUGAAUUAAGUACCUCUUUGUAGUUUUUUAGAUCGGUUUGUAAAAACUAAAAAAGUAAUGAAGGAUAGAAUUUGUAAUUAAAAGAUUUUUAUUUUAAUUCUUUAAAAGAUAGAACUAUUGUUUCGAAAAGUUUAAACAAAAAUAAAAAUAUUUAUUUUUAUAUAAAACAUUAAACAUACUUAACAUUUUAUUUAACAAAAAAAUAGCUUAUUUUAACUGGAGGACUAUGGGACGGUCAUUUAAAUUUAUAUAAUGUAGAAAGUGAGAAAAUAACAUAAGAUUUUAAAGAAUUUCAUUUUGAAACUGUAACAGCAAUGAACUUUGAAAAUCGAUAUUAAAUUCUAAUCACAGGUUCUAAAAAUGGAGAUGUCUGUAUAAUAAAAGUAAGCCCUGACUAUUAAUCAUUUAAUGAAAUUUAUCAUUAUUAUGAUCAUUUUGAGGAAAUUACAGAUAUAAAUAUUUGUGAAGAUAUGAUAAGUUUUGCAACAAGCAGUUUAGAUGGAACUAUUAAUUUAUAUAAUUACCAAAGUUAUUAGUUUUUGAGAUAAUAUAAUCACCCAAAAUAUUAUCCAAUUAAUAAAGUCGAAAUAUCAAUUUGUCCUUUGUAUUCUAUUAUUUUCUUUUCAUAAAGAGAUUGUACUUUUUAUUCAUAUAGUAUCAAUGGAUAAUUUUUAGCUUCCUUUAAAGAAGAUUCUAUGAUUAUUUUAAAUCCUAAAAUUAUUAAAGAUUCUUAAUAAAUGGAAUAUUUUGUAAAAAUUUAAUUUAUUUAUAAAAAUAUAAAAAAAAAAUAUAUAUUUAUAUUUUUUUAAAAAAUAGGUAUAUGUUAAUUAUAGUAAACAACAUAUAUAAAUUUUAGAAUUGCCUUACCUUAAAAAUAUUCGUAAAUUAGAAAAACCUAAAUACUUUCCAAAUAUGAUUUGCUGGUGUAAUUCUUUAGAUAAUAAAUAUGUUAUUUGUGGUAGUGA